AUGACACCGCUACACGAUCCGGAAAAGGCGUCCGCUGGGCCAUCCAGCUUGACUGGCGGCUCGUCGUCGCCCUCGGACAUGGACUCGCCCAGAUUCGAGCCCAUCAAGCACAACAACCCCCCGCCGCACUCUCUGCGCAGCCGCGGCUCGGCCGAGACGCAGCGGCUCGACAACGAGGACCUGUACGAGACGCUCGAGCACGCCGUCACCGUCGACCUCGAGACGGACGAGGAGCGCCGCGCGCGCGGGCACCUGACGUACUCGCGCUCCGGCGCCAGCGCCAGCAGCGUCGCCUCGCGCCCGGCCGAGUUCGAGGUCCUCUUCGACGAGGGCGACCCGGAGAACCCCAAGAACUGGCCGCGCUGGUACCGCGGCUGGGUCGUCUUCGUCGCCUCCAUCGGCACCUGGGGCACCACGCUGUACAGUAGCAGCUACACGGCGUCGACGCCCGGCUUGGCUGCCGAGUUUGGCGCCUCCACCACCAUUGUCACGCUCGGUCUGACGACGUACCUCGUCGGUCUGGCCGUCGGCUCGCUGAUUGUGGCGCCGCUGAGCGAGCUGUACGGGCGGCGCAACGUCUACCUCGUCUGCAUUGCUGGCUGGACGCUGCUGAUUAUCCCCUCGGGCGUCGCGCACUCAUUGACAAGCAUCAUCGUCGUGAGAUUCUUUGACGCCUUGUUUGGCUCCGUCAUGGUAGGCAACGCGCCGGGCACCAUUGUCGACAUCUCGCAUCCCGACUACCUGGCGCGCACAAUGUCGCUCUUCAGCCUCGCCCCGAUGAACGGGCCCGUCACCGGCCCCAUCAUUGGCGGCUUCGUCUUCCAGUACCUCGGCUGGCGGUGGGCCAAUUGGGUCAUUCUCAUCCUCGGCGGCGUCACCUUCUUCAUGAUGCUCACGGUCCGGGAGACGUAUGCUCCGGCCGUCCUCCGCCGCAAGGCCGCGCGCCUGCGCAAGGAGAAUGACGACCCGCGGUACUGGUGCCAGUACGACUACAAGCUAUCCACACUGCACUUGUUAAAGGUGAACCUGAGCAGACCAUUCAUCCUCGCCGCCACCGAACCCAUCUUGUGGUUUAUGAACGUCUGGAUCUCCAUCGUCUAUGCCGUCUUGUAUCUUUGCUUCGUCGCUUACCCCGUCGUCUUCUCCCAGCACCGUGGCUGGUCCGCCGGCACCACUGGCCUGUCCUUUAUUGGCAUCGGCAUCGGCACUCUCACCUCCCUCCUCGGCGAGCCCAUUUUCCGACGCAUCAUCAACCGGCAGCCGCGCGACCCCGAGACGGGCAAGGUGCUGCCGGAAGCGCAGGCCAUUGUCAUGGCCGCCGGCUCCAUCGCGGCGAGCAUCGGCCAGAUGGGUUUCUCGUGGACCUGCCUGCCGACCAGCAUCCACUGGGCCGUCCCCAUCGCGUUUGGCAUCCCCUUUGGCUUCGGCAACACCAUCGUCUUCAUCUACGGCUCCAACUACCUCGCCGGCGCGUACGGCAUCUACGCCGCCAGCGCGCUGUCGGGCAACGCCUUUAUCCGCAGCGUCAUUGGCGGCACGCUGCCGCUCGCCGGGCCGACCAUGUACCGCGUGCUGACGCCGCGCUGGGCCGGCACCGUGCUGGGCGUGGCGGAGAUUGUCAUGAUUCCGAUCCCGUUUGUGUUUUGGCGCUACGGGGCCCGGAUCCGUGCCAAGAGCAGGCUCAUCCGCCAGCUGCGCGAGGAUCAGGCCCGCAUGGACGCCAAGAGAGCCAAGGGGGUGGCAACGAUGCAGCGGCGGCGGCUGAGGGAAGGGAAAGCGACGGGGCAGAUGGUCGUGGCGGAGGAGAAGAGGCGCGCGUGA